UUUGGCCCUUCCUCUUCCUCUUCCUCUCCUCUUUUCUCGUCUUCUUCUUUUCUUCUUCUUCUUCUUUCCAUUCUCCAUUAUCCCCCUCCUCCUCCCCUCCUUUCCCCAUACUCCAUCUAUCUGUUCCUGUCUCCAUUCAACAUAUCUUCCCCUCCGAUAUUUCGCUAUAUAUCACUUCCUCCCUACCACCACCCCUUUGCAUCUUAUUGCUGGUGUUGCCCAUAAUUUAUAUUUACCUUAACCCCCCUCCCUUCCCCCUUCCCCCUCCUCCCCCUAAUCAGUCAGCCCCCUUCCCCCCCCCCCCCCAUCAUCAUCAUCAUCAUCCGCGUGUCUUUUGCUGCAUUUUACUGCUCUCGAUUUCAACAUCUGAGAAACUAAACCCAUAAAAAAAAGGAAAUCGAGAAAAACUCCUCACUCUUAUUCUGACUUUGCUUUCUUCUGGUUCUCCCUCCGCUUCUCUCAUCAUCGGGGACAAAAUCAGCCCGUGGCUGGACCCGUCGGUUAUUUGAUUAUUCUUUAUUUUAUUUUAUUUUACUUUUAUAUUUAUUUAUUCAUUAUCUAUCCUUAAAGCCCAACAAAGCAAACCCAUCAUCAUACUUAUUCCACUCGCUAUCCUAUCGAAUUCGAAUAUAUAUAUUUUUUCUCCCGCAGUGCAGACCCCAAGGAAUGAUUGGUUUCCGACAAUCUCUACCAUCCCCCCCUCUAUUACCAUCCCGCCCGCUCCAGACACGGUGUGAAAGCGCAGAACGACCGGUAGACCUCCCGUCCCUCUCGUCCUGCCUUUAAUAUCCAUAUAUCCAUCCUCCCGCCUCCGCCUCCUCUGCCGCCGUCGUCCUGCCCUUUUCAUAUACGCUCUGUUGAGAAGAGAAAAAGAAUCAGAGCCAUGGCCCCCACCGCCUCGAGUAGUAACCCGCCAGCGAAGAAAGCUACGGCUGCUCCAGAGAAGAAAUAUAAGUGCCAGUUCUGCAAUCGUGCUUUCAGCAGAAGUGAACAUCGCAGUCGCCAUGAACGAUCACAUACCAAAGAACGACCUUUCAAAUGCUUAAAAUGUCGGAGCACCUUUGUUCGAAGGGAUCUGCUCCUUCGACAUGACCGAACAGUCCAUGCUAAGGAUGGGGGUAUUCCGCUUGUAACGGAGGGCCGUCGACGUGGUGGACAAAAAGCGUCAACAACAUCAAAUGCUCCAUCGAAGCCGUCCAUCACAAUAGACCCUGCCGCUCUGGGACAGAUUGAGGCAAGCAGCGACGGUAUGGUUGACAUUGAAACUGCUGCGAUGUUAAUGACAGACUUCCAACACAAGGCCGCUGCGGCAGCCACCAACCAAAACCAUGGUGACGAUAGUCGCGAUACCUUUUCCCCCGAUCGUGCCGUCAUUCUCGAGCCUUCCGUUGCAUAUCUGUCCGGUAACGCGACCUUGCCCCAGAUGCCCUGGGAUGCUUUCAUGUCGACGCCAGAUAUCAAGUCGCAUUCGAUAUCGUCAAGCCUCACAUCCCAAGACUCCAAUCGCAACCAUCACCACAGAUCCUCUCUCGACAGACAUGCCAUGGGUACCGACGGCCUGACACCUGCAUUACAUUCGCUGGUCAACUCUCUCCCGGUUUCGGGCAACUCGACGCCCAAUGCUCUUUCACCGUUCCCUUCGAUGACUGGCCCCUUGUCCCCGGUAAACUAUCGUCGAUCGCCUGGUCCAAGCCAACCCUUAAAGCAACCCAGAUCUCCCCAAAUUGCAAACGACGCUGAGCGAGAUGCGAUUAUUGAACAUGUCAAGAGUAAUGACGCCGUUGGUUCUCUCCCUGAUACCUUCCAACUACCGUCAACAGCUGCUCUAAAUCGGUAUUUGACUACGUAUUUCAAUCUCUAUCAUCAUCAUCUACCGUUCCUGCAUCAGGAGUCCUUCUCUCCAUCCAAGGUUUCGCCGCCAUUGCUUCUUGCUGUGCUGUCCAUUGGCGCCCUAUACACUUUUGAACGCGAGCAUGCCUUCAUGCUUCAUAUUGGAUCAAAGGUUCUUGUUAAUCAGUUCCUGCAACAUAAAGAGAAUUUCGAUUCGAGAAAAUGUCCCCUCUGGGCAAUGCAAAGCACUCUGUUGAAUAUGAUCUUCGAGAGCUGGAGUGGUGAUCCGAAAGGUCUAGAAUGGACCUGUUCGAUCAAGAGUCUGCUUGCUAAUAUGGUUGCGGGUAAUCGUUACCAGUUGAAACUUCGUAUAGAUGCUCGAGAAGGCGCACGACCAACCCGCGAGCAAUGGAUCGAGGAUGAAGGUUGCCGACGAACUUACUACGCUGUGUAUAUCUUCUUCGGAAUGCUGACACUUACGUUCAAUCAUACACCAGCUAUUAGCUUCGAUGAGAUUGAAUCCUUGGAGCUUCCCUCUUCAGAGUCAAUGUGGAACCUCGAGAUAUCGAAUGAAGAUGCGUGGCGCCGAAGCCUGAACUCAGCCUCGCCUCCUGUCACAGUCCGAGAAGCCCAUGAUAGCCUUUUCCGUGGCGAAUCCUUAAGAUACAGCGCAUUUGCUACUCGCGUAAUGAUCAAUGCUCUUUUCCUCCAAGUCUGGUCCCACAAACGCAGCUUCCAGGCUCUUCAAGAUGUUGUAACCGAAUUUAGGCUACGACUUGCGAUCGAAACUUGGGAGAGCUCGCUUGAGCUGUGUGAACCUGAAACGAUCGCUCCUCCACUCAGUACCCCGCAAAACAGCCACCCGCUAAUCUUCAAUUCAAUGGCUGUUUAUCGGAAUACUCGUGCUCGACUUGAAGUUGAUUUGAAGUCGAUACAAGAGGCCCUUCGAUACCAUUCGUCCUACGAAGUUGCCGCUGCCAUGACUGUCGCCCGUGAGAAAGUCAAACGAUCCCAAGAGAUGAACAAGGUCAUCCAACAAUGCUUUGAAUGCAUUGAAAUAGCUGCCAUUCAAGGCAUCAAUUGGGUUGCGAAAACUUCCGCAACUAAUUGGAGUGUGGAACACCCUCUCUGUGGUUUGGAUAUGAUGGUGAUUCUAAGCCUUUGGCUCUACCGUCUGGAACAUGACGACGAACAGGCCACUGAAGCUGAGAUGGCUAUCUACAACAAAGUGCGGAAUCUCUUCGAUGAUGAUGCUGUUGAUGCCUGCGGGUCGAAUCUCAGCUCUACGGUCGCCCGUGUGUGGGGCAACAUACUGGACGGCGUAGUCGUUUGGGGGAUCACCAAGCUCAUGGGCGAGUCCUUCAAGCUUCACUCGCAGGCUUUGGUGGGAUAUGAGGAUUCAAUGGUGACCAGCAGUUCGGAACACACACUGGACCCCAUGCCCACACAAGGCCUUGCAAGUGUUGGAACAGCAUAUUAAUCGACGCCGACCGAACUGACUCUUCGGACUUCUUUACCCUCGUUUUGCUCAUUUUAACUCUCGGUUUUAUUCGUGCAUAUAUCCAACCGCAUACCGCUGUUUUAAUUACCUUUUUGGACUUCCUUUCCUUAUACUUCCGGUGGGCACUGCGGUGUUCACCGGAUUCUCGGACUCUAUACUUGCACGAAUUAUUUAUUAUUUUUUUAUUUUUUUAUUUUUUAUUUUUAUUUUUAUUUUUUUUUGGCACGGGUUUUUAGAUUCAGAAGUGGCAUAGCAACCGCUCGCGAAUCUACAAAUUUUUCGACCACUUUUUUUCUUUGUUCUCGCUUUCUUUAAAUCGCAUUGUUCGUUAUGUUUUGUGAAACCAUUGGGAGACAUUUUAUAUACGGGAACUGUGGAAAAGGUUUCGGGGACAGGUAAGGGUAAGGCAAACGGAGGUUGGUAAGGUGUUUUUCGCAUCGGAAACUAGACGUCUUAUUUGUAUUUGGGUGAUCAGAUUUCCAAAGCAUCUCACUGCAUUCUCCACGGAUUUGCCCGUUCCUUACCCCCCGUUAUUGGGACUUUUUUACUUCAUUUUUUUUAUUUUCUGGUUUUGUUGCGUGUUUCUGCGUCUUUUUUGUUUUUGAGUCUUCUUCCAUACUGAUCCCUUUAUCUAUUUAGUUUUUAAAGAGAGCACCCAGGAGUCCGGUCUGGUUGGUUUUACUUUGUUGAUGGGCUGUUGGCAUAGACAGCAUGUUUACACCGGCUGGUCCUGCGUGUUUCUAUCUCUCCCCCCUUUUUGCUCAUCCCUCUCCGAGAACCCUUUAAUUUUUAGUGUUUUUUUUAUCCCCCUUUCUUCUCUUCUUAUAUAUACGC